CCCCAGCCCAACCCGAACGCCACGCCCAAACCCAAAGCCAAGUCGCACUCCUCCUCCUCCUAUCCUCUUCCUCGCCGAGGCGGCGACCGGCCAGCGCCGCCACCGCCACCGCCCGCGCAUCUCCGUUCAAUUCGGUGACUCGCUACGCUCCCCCUGCGUUCUUCUGGCAAAUUCAGUAGGCGAAUUUGGGGCUGAGGAAAGAGGAGGAACGACUUUUCGCUGGUGGCCUGAAAUUCAGGACAAGAUGCACUUCCUUGCAUCAUUUCACGGCCCUGCAGGUUUUGAGCUUUUGUCUGUUUCGCUGGGAUGGAUGCCAAGAAGUUCCUGCAGAUGGUCGAAGACAAGAAGAAGAGACUCCUCGAGAAGAAGGAAGCCCCUCUGAAAUGGCAGCAGAAACUGGAAGCAGCAAUCAAGGCCACUGAAGAAAAGGAGAAGAAGCUCAAGUCGAAAAAGCACAGGAGACGAAGCUAUUCUUCCUCAGAAUCUGACAGUGAAUCCGAGAGCGACAGUGAUCGGAAACACAGGAAGAGGAAGGACCGCAAAAGGCACAAAAGACAUGGCCAUUCUGACUCUGAUGGUGCCAGGAGGCGCAAGCACAGGUCAAAGAGGAGGAGCUCGGGCUCUAGCGACGAGAGCGACAGUGAUGAAUAUGAUGGCGAAUCUGAAGAAGAGCGCCGAAGGAAGAAGCACUCGCACAGGAGGAAGCAUCGCCGACACUCUUCAAGGUCAGAGUCUGACGCCUCAGAUUACAACAGCGAUGAUGAUGAGCGAAGGUCAACCAGGAAGGACCAUUCUAGGAGCCGGAGGCGUCGCCACCGGUCCUCAGACGAUGAAUCUGAGGAGAAGAUCAGGUCGAGGCAUAGGAAGCGUCAUCACAGAUCAAGUGACGAGGACAAGCCGUCAGAUUCUGACAACCAUAAGCGCCACAGGAGCCGCUCUAUGUCCUUGGAUGAUGGUGCUGCUGGUGAGCCAGACAAGAUGAAUGAUGGCAAGGGGUCUCACAAAAGCCGGCACCACCGCCGCCACCACCAUCACCAUCAUGAUCAUCGUGCGAACUCUGCUGAACCCAGUGACGGGAAGCAACUCGUGUAAGUUGUUAAAAUGCCUCAGAACCUGAUUGGCAUUUUCACUGGACUCUGUGACGUCCAUGUUUGCUUGCCCCAGUUGGCUAGUUGCUGAAUGGAAGCGAUGUAUCUUUCAUAAUGUUACUGUCUCCGGCUCUGGUGCGGAUUCUGAAGCCUUUACUUGUUCUACUGAAACGUUUGGCGACACUAGAUGUUAUUUCCAGCGUUUCCUCUGUUGA